GUCACUUUUCCCGUAGACAUCGAGAACUCUGUAUCGUGGUUUAAUCUACAAGUAGUCUCAAUUUUACGAGAAUGCCUCCUAAAGCGAGUGGUAAAGCGGUAAAGAAAGCCGGUAAGGCUCAGAAGAAUAUCAGCAAGACCGAUAAGAAGAAAAAAAGGAAGAGGAAGGAAAGUUACGCUAUUUACAUCUACAAAGUACUGAAGCAAGUACACCCGGACACUGGAAUCUCCAGCAAAGCCAUGAGCAUCAUGAACAGCUUUGUAAAUGACGUAUUUGAAAGAAUCGCUGCGGAAGCGUCGAGAUUGGCGCAUUACAACAAGCGUUCGACUAUCACCUCCCGCGAGAUACAAACAGCUGUGAGGCUCUUGUUACCGGGUGAAUUGGCCAAGCACGCAGUCAGUGAAGGCACGAAAGCAGUGACCAAGUACACCAGCUCCAAAUAAAUUGCCAUUUACCUCCAAUACGCAAACGGCCCUUUUCAGGGCCAACAAAAAUUUUAAACGUUGACUUCCUUAGAUCAUGCAUAAAAGUACGCUAUGUAAUGCAAUUUAUCAAUUGUACAAAAUUUAUUUCUAUAAUAUAAUGUAAAAGCUAAUU